GGGGGUUUGGGUUACGUCAGAUAAGUCAGCUGAAAGUUAUUUUAAUUCAUUUUUCUGGGUAGCACUCUACUGAAAAAAUGCCCAAUAUCAUAAAUGAAAUUAAAUUAGAUUUCAAAGAUGUUUUAUUGAGGCCUAAAAGAUCGACUAUAAAGAGCAGAAACGAUGUGAAUUUAUAUAGGAAUAUAACAUUUCGGAAUUCAAAACAAACUUACAAUGGCAUUCCUGUCAUGGCGUCGAACAUGGACACUGUCGGAACUUUUCAGAUGGCAAAGGCUCUUUCAAAGCAUGGAUUAUUCACCUGUAUUCACAAAUACUACACCGUCGAAGAGUGGAAGACUUUCGCUUUGGAGAAUACAGAUUGUUUGAAAAAUAUGGCAGCUAGUUCUGGUAUACUUGACGCCGACUUUGAAAGAUUAUCAGAUAUUUUGAACGCCGUUCCAGGACUUUCUUUCGUUUGUCUGGAUGUUGCAAACGGUUAUUCUCAACAUUUUGUUGAGUAUGUGAGAAAAGUCAGAGCUGCUUUUCCUAGUCACACUAUAAUUGCUGGCAAUGUGGUGACUGGAGAAAUGGUGGAAGAAUUGAUAUUAUCUGGUGCUGAUAUUAUAAAAGUCGGAAUUGGUCCUGGAUCUGUUUGCACCACCAGAAUAAAGACGGGAGUGGGUUAUCCCCAAUUAUCGGCUGUGAUAGAAUGCGCUGAUGCUGCGCAUGGCCUUCAAGGACACAUUAUAUCGGAUGGUGGGUGUACAUGUCCAGGGGAUGUAGCCAAAGCCUUCGGGGCUGGAGCAGAUUUUGUGAUGGCCGGUGGGAUGUUUUCCGGUCAUGACCAAUGCGAAGGUGACAUAAUUGAAAAGAACGGCAAGAAAUAUAAACUCUUUUACGGCAUGUCUUCCAGUACGGCGAUGCAAAAACAUGCAGGUAGAAAAACCAUCUUUCGCAAGUGUUUCAAGUUUGUUUCAAAAGUUUCUAUGAGUCUGAUUUAAACUCUAGUAUCUCAG